AUGUAUUUGGAAGUGACCACCGCAGCCGCAGCAGAAACACGCCCCUUCAUCGGUAGCGACAAGUUACUGAUAGUUCCGUCCGAACUGAUUCUUUCUCAUGACUGCUCGAUUCCAGAAACGUCGUCGCAACCAUACCGGUAUGUGCUCGAUGUGACGAUUGCCUAUCCGAAUGGCAUCCCGCUCAGUCUCGCCACACUUGGAUUUGGUACUCGUGAAAAGUGUGACAUUGCUGUCAACUACAAGAUCUAUGAUGCUAGCGAGGUUGGUGUUUCUUUCUAUCUUGGACGUCAUUGUUUACAUUUCUCACUGCUAAUUACGAUCUAUGUGAUUAAUUCCUCUAACUUCUUUAUAUUCGACACGUGCACUUUUUUCAGCCGUAAUCAAUACAUGACGAGUGUUAUCUUAUCAGAGUGUUCACGAAAAAGGAUUGAAAAAGUGGCAGCCUAA